UGCUAUUUUGGUUAUUCUUACACAUUUUUUUACCUGUCAAAUCAUAAAAUAAAAAAUAAAAAAUAAAAAAAAAUCAUAAUUGAUUUAGGAACAAUGAAAAUGAUGGGGACUAUGUAAUAUUGUAAUUUAUAGGAAAAAUAGAAAAAUAAAGCAUACUCCGUAGUGCGUACAACCUCCUGUAAGGUUUAUGUUCGGGACUCGGGGUUUAAGAGGCCGAGACUGAGCCCUUUGUUGCCAAGCACCUCUCUCUCUCUCUCUCUCUCUCUGCAUGUGUAAUGGAUUCCGUAAGGCUUCGUUUGGCAUUCGAAGAUCGUCACAUUCUGAGCAAGUCGCAGAAAUCAAAUGGACUCAAGCGAAGCUGGCUUCUUCUCAAACCCCAACUCGAGACUAUCUCUGACCUCUCCUCCCAUCUAAUCGACGUUUUCGACCUCGAUCGCUCUUGUCCUAAUGGCAUUCUCCUCUCUAUGGAUGGCUUUGUGUUGCCACUUUUUGAGUCGACUUCUAUUUUGAAGGAUAAAGAUAUAAUCAGUGUGAAAAAGAAAGGAGCUCUGUUGUUGUCGGAUAUUACAAAGUUAGAUGAUGAGGUGAAAUUGAUCGAGGAAGAAGAAAUUGUGGAAAAGCAACCUGUACAUACUGGUUUGCUACUUUUAGCAAAUGAAGAGUUUGAACAGGAGUCUGGUGGCUACCAGAGUGAAACAGAAGAGGAUGAAGACAACCAAUCAAAGGAUAUAUUGCUUGAGGAAAAUUCAUCGGGCAGAAACGUAGCUUCCAAGAAAAGAAAAGCAUCACCAAAACUUGAGAGCUCAACGAGGAAGAAAAAACGUCCUAAGGUUCCUGAAGCUGUUGAAAGUGAUGUUCAGACAGAGGAGAUUGAAAACUUUCACCAUCACACAGUACGCCCUGGGAAGAUUCAUCACAAGAAGAAGAAAGAAUCUGAUGCAAACAGUAAACCUGACAUAGCAAGUACCCCUAAAAUUAUUGAAAGAAGCGAUAGCGACUGUAUGCUCAGUGCAAAGAGGUGUGGUCAGCUUCAAGAAAAUGGCACAGGGAAUGUGGAAGUCCCCCACAAGCCUGAUGCAAGUAAAAAGGCCUCUAGUAGAAGUGCUCGGCGGAAAAAGGCCAAGAGGCAAUGGCUGCGGGAAUUAACUAAAGCUGAAAAGGAAGAGCUAAGGCGGAAGAAGCCUGCUAAGAAAGACAUGCAUAAAAGUUCUACGGGAGGAAAAGGUCUGAGGACGUUGUUCCCAAAUCAAAAUAGUGAUGUGGAGGAUGAGAUUGUUCCUGCUAAGAAAGAAAUGCAUAAAAGUUCUACAGGAGGAAAAGGUCUGAGGACGUUGUUCCCAAAUCAAAAUAGUGAUGUGGAGGAUGAGAUUGUUCCUGCUAAGAUAGAAAUGCAUAAAAGUUCUACAGGAGGAAAAGGUCUGAGGACGUUGUUCCCAAAUCAAAAUAGUGAUGUGGAGGAUGAGAUUGUUCCCGUCGUGAUUAGGCCUGGACAUAUACGCUUCGAGCCUCUGGGAGAAGUGGAUGCAGAGAAGACAGUCCAGCAAAAUCAACAAAAUCAAGUAUCAGUGGGAACAUCUCAGUGGAAUGGAAUCACCAGUAAGAAAAAGGGUCAAAAAUGGGGUAAAGAAAAAAAUUCUUCCUCUUGGAGUGACUACAAAGAUUUCAACAAAGAAUGUUCUGAACCGCAGACUAUUGUGAAGGAGGUGGCUGUAAAUGGUCCCACAGACUUUGAUAAGCUUCCUCCCUUUUCUGGCUUACCUAAGGAAGGUGAUGUGAUUGCAUAUCGAUUGCUGGAGUUAUCAUCAACCUGGACCCCUGAACUUUCCUCCUUCCGAGUUGGGAAAACAUCGUUGUAUGAUUCUGAAUCCAAUAGGAUUGUACUAACACCAGUCCCAGAAUAUCCAGUUGUUCUUGAAAAGCAGGUGGAUGAGGAAGCAUCUGCACAACAACCAGAUGUCUCUCCUUAUAAGGAAGAUGGAUCUUUAGAGAUAGAUUUUUCAUCACUUGUUGAUGUCCGUAUCGUGGAGCAUGGGAACUCAGAUCCUGCAAAAGCAGUCACUAGCAGAGUUGAUAAAGUUCCUAUGUGCAAUACAGAUUCUGUAUCGAGCACGGUACCUAAAAAUAAUGAUAAACAAACAGUUGCCCCAACCCCAGAAAAAGAAGUAAAUACGUGGGACGAAAUCAGCGAGGCUCUGAACAAGAAGAAGGCACAACUAUCUCAGGAGAACGGCUGGAACAAGGAGACUUCUGGCAGGAGCCCGUGGUCAUACAGAGCCUUGAGAAAAAGUGCGCUUGGCCCAACCAUGGCUCUUCUAAGAUCGCGAAAGGACAUUUAAGAAUGUUCACCACUGUGAGGAUGUAUGAAUGUGUGUUUAAGUGAAAUUAUGUCAAUAGUAUGUUUAUGGACCUUUUAACAAAAGAGUAGGAUUUGAGCUUGUGAUGGCUGAUCUUUGGAACCCUUCCCCUCUCGUAGAAGGUUUUUUAAGCUCAAACUAGGUCUCUGGAAAUGUUGCUUCUGUUUGUCAAUUUCCUGAGAAAACUUAUCGAGCUUAUCACCUGGUAAAUGCAUUUAAAUUCAAUUUGUUUGU